CGUAGCCAUCGCUCGGCAAUGAACGAGAGAUCCAAAAACACCACGGUGACCACGCUGCCGGCGAUGAAAAGCGGUUUCAGUUCCUGGGCUCCCACGUCCGAAAUGUAUCUAGAGCAAUUGACGGUCAGUGGAAACGUCGACGCUACUAUUCCCCGAAGCGAAAGGACCUACGCGAUCGUCUGACCGGGUUCCAUGCUGGAGUAGAUGGGGGACCCAACCACAGCCCAAUGCCCCAGCAUUGCGACCAGCAUCGCUGAGAGUUUGAAUCAGUGUCUCCGCGGGCGAAUUCGGUUUCGUCGACAGGGCCAUACCUAUCCACAUGCAGGCCGAUAUGACCGGAAAUAUCCAAAACGAAACAACCCACAUUGUCGGUUAUGUAUAGUGAUAGAUCGAGAUGGAUUCAAACGACAAAGAACAUAGACAGAAAAGCAGAAGGAGAAAGAAAGAGAGAAAGAAAAGGAAAAGAAAUGAAAAGAAAAAACGACCUAAAAUGAAAGCAGACCGGGACCGUUCGUCAGCCUACCUGAAGUAUGAGCGGCAGCCGCCCGGAGAAGCAAUCAAACAUGGAUUGGCCGGGAAGGGCGGAAGUGGCUUGGAUCCAACUCACUCGAUGAUGCCUAGCAAAGCCGUGUAACGCCUCUCGGUGAUCGGUUCCCUUGGAUCUCCCCCAGGCAACCAAGAUCUGCAGCAGAAUUGAGUCCGCGGGUUCGCGC